GUGUGCAUGUGUCAACUUCAUUCAGCAGCUAGCAGAACAUUUUUGAAUAAAAUACCGGCAGCGCAGCAGGCGGCAGCAUCAUAAGACACAAUUCACAUCACAGACCUGUACUGAAUUGAAGAACUUCUUCUGUAGUUUUCCGGUCUUCAAGUUGGACAUAUGUACUGCUGAGUGUAAGCUGUAGCCAACGUAGACAGCGGAACAACCAAUUGUACAAUAGUACUACAGAGACUGAAGCUUUAUUGGUCACGUUAGAGCCAUUACUUCAGCUUCGAACUCCAGUCUAAUUUAACGUCAUAAGAAUGGAGUGGCCAAAACAGAUGAUGUUAUUAAUUUGUUUGUUAUCUGUAUGGAUGUGUUCAGCAAUUCCGCUUCCUCAGUACCCAUACAAGGAGAAAUAUUUUGACCAGUCCAUUGACCACUUCAACCUCGAAAGUUAUGGCCAGCGAACUUACCGUCAAAGAUAUUUUGUCACAGAUGAUUACUGGAAGAAAGGUGGACCAGUUUUCUUUUACACGGGCAAUGAGGGUCCCAUUGAAGCUUUCUUUAAUAACACUGGUUAUGUGUUUGACAUCGCCCCGGAGUUUGGAGCCCUCAUCAUAUUUGCUGAACAUAGGUAUUAUGGGAAGAGUCUUCCGCUUGGCAACCAGUCUUUCACUCCAUCUAACCUAGGCCUGUUGACGAUAGAGCAAGCCCUUGCCGACUAUGCAACCCUGAUCACAAGCCUAAGAGAGGAUCUAGGGAUCCCGGACUCGCCCGUGGUGGUGUUUGGCGGAAGUUAUGGAGGGAUGCUGAGUGCAUACAUGAGGAUGAAAUACCCUCAUCUAGUGCUGGGAGCCUUGGCAGCCAGUGCUCCCGUUUACAGUACAGCAAACCAGUCAUCACAGACAUACUUCUUCGAGACUGUCACUCAGGAUUUCCAUGACGUUGAUGCAAGAUGUCCUGAUAUUGUGAGGGCGGCCUUUACCAAACUGAAUCAAUUAGCAGCCCAGGGAACUUCAGGUCUGAAGGAAAUUAGUACUACAUUCAAACUGUGCAAAACGCUUGGAUCCAUGGCGGAAUAUUAUCACCUUCUUGGGUGGAUCAGGAACUCGUUCACGUACCAGGCCAUGUUGGACUACCCUUACGCUGCCUCAUUUAUGGGAAACUUACCAGCUAAUCCCGUUAAUGUAUCUUGCCACAUGUUAGUGGAUGCAUCAUCUCCAUUAGAGGGACUAGCAAUGUCUUCAGGCUUGUACUACAAUAGUAGCAACCCACCCUUGAAGUGUUUUGAUAUCUUUGCCGAGUUCAUUCAGUGUGCCGAUCCAACAGGUUGUGGACUUGGAACCGAUAGCACUGCAUGGGAUUACCAGGCAUGUACUGAGAUCACCUUGCCAGCUGGAAGCAACGGGAUAACGGACAUGUUUCCCAACAUGCCUUUCACUCCUGACAUGAGGACGUCAUACUGCCAGGCCACGUACAACGUGACCCCGCGACCCGAGUGGUUGAAAAUCCAAGGAUUUGGCAGAGGUCUUGCCAGUUCCUCCAACAUCAUCUUCUCGAACGGUUUACUGGAUCCAUGGAGGCUAGGAGGGGUAACAGAGGACCUCUCAGAGAGCAUCGUCGCCAUACCCGUCCCUGGUGGAGCACAUCAUCUGGAUCUUAGAGGAUCUAAUCCCAAGGACCCAGAGUCUGUGGUCAAGGCUAGGAACAAAGAAAAAUCUAUCAUCAAAGGUUGGAUUGAUGACUGGAAUCAACGGAAAGACAAGACUGCAUAAAAAACGCCACCUUUACGGAAUCUUCCAGAGUUAAGUCCUGCUUCGUAGAUGGAGGCCUGUUUCAUUAGAAAAAUAAUUACAUGUAUUUGGUAAACUUUGUCAUCCAAUUGUAACUUGAAAUCCUCAUUUUUGCAACCAUGGCAGUUACCAUUAGAUGGCAAAGUUAUACAAAUAUACUUAGCUCU